AUGGCAGGAACGUAUUAUUUUGUAAUAGUGGGUCACUCUGAUAAUCCUAUAUUUGAAAUGGAUUUUAUUCCCGUUACCAAAGAAGUGAAGAAAGAAGAUAAUAGGCACUUGAAUCAGUUCAUAGCUCAUGCAGCACUAGAUCUAGUAGAUGAGCAUAUGUGGAAAGUUACAAAUACUUACCUCAAAUCAGUGGACAAAUUUAAUCAGUGGUUUGUCUCAGCAUUUGUUACUGCUAGUCAGAUGAGAUUUGUUAUGGUACAUGAUGCACGCAAUGAAGAUGGUAUUAAAAACUUCUUUACGGAUGUUUAUGAAGCUUACAUUAAACUUUUACUAAAUCCCUUUUAUAAAGAAGAUACAAUUAUCGCUUUUCCAGCUUUUGAGAAGAAAGUGCAGUUGCUUGGAAAAAAAUAUUUAACU